UGGCGGAGCACGCAGCCCCACUACGACAAUCUGGGCGAGGCGCUGCUCGCGCUCUUCGAGGUCGCGACGCUCGAGGGCUGGCCGGCCCUCAUGUACGCGGCCAUGGACGUCACGGAGGACCGGCACGCGCACCCGCAGCGCAACGCGACGCCGGCCCACGCCUUGUUCUACGUGAUCUUCGUGGUCAUGGGGUCCUUCUUCGUCAUGAACAUCUUCGUCGGCGUCGUCGUCCACAAGUUCCAGAUGGCCAAGGAGCGCACGGACGGCGCGUCCAUCUUCCUCACGGAGCAGCAGCGCGGCUUCGUGGACCGCGUCAAGGUGCUCCUCGACGCGGGCCGGCCGAAGCGGCUGCGCGUGCCGCGCGGCGACUGCCGGAGGGCCGUCUUCUACGUCGUCGUCUCCGAGGGCUUCGAGCUCGCGGUCAUCGCCGCCAUCGUGCUGAACAUGGGCGCCAUCUCCCUGAACCACUACGACCAGGCCAAGGCCUGGGACGACGCGGACCUGGGGCUGAACCUCUUCUUCACGGUCGUCUUCCUGCUGGAGCUCGUGCUCAAGUGGGUCGGCCUGGGGCCGCGGCAGUACUUCGCGGACCCCUGGAACCGCUUCGACGCCUUCAUCGUGCUCACGUCGCUCGUCGACAACGCGUCCGAGUUCAUGGCCACCUUCUACCACAUCCCGCUCCUCAACGCGAUGAACCUGUCCCUCUUCCGCAUCUUCCGGCUCGCGCGCGUCGUCAAGCUCGUCAACGUGAACCCGGGCCUCAAGACGCUGCUCCAGUCUCUGAUCGUG